AUGCGUCAGUGUCUAACUUCCGAUGAAGGUGGUUACUAUACAUCCCGUGGAACACCUGGCAGAGAUGUCUUUGGCAAGGAGGGAGACUUCGUUACGUCGCCGGAGAUAUCUCAAAUGUUUGGCGAGCUGCUAGGAAUAUGGAUAGUGACUGAAUGGCUGUCUCAGGGGCGACGUAGCAGCGGAGUCCAAUUGAUGGAAUUUGGGCCAGGCAAGGGAACAUUGAUGGCGGAUAUAUUACGAUCGGUUAGGAACUUUAAAGGGUUUGCUUCGAGUGUUGAGGGAGUGUAUAUGAUAGAAGCUAGUCCAACGUUGCGAGAUAUCCAAAAGAAGGCACUUUGCGGAGAUGCACCGAUGGAAGAGUGCGAUAUCGGCUAUAAAAGCAUUAGUAUUCACCUAGGAGUACCGGUGUACUGGACAGAGCAUAUACGCAUAUUGACUCAGACCGAGGAUAAGGCGCCAUUCAUCAUUGCUCACGAGUUCUUCGAUGCCCUUCCGAUCCAUGCAUUCCAAGCCGUUCACUCCCCUCCUCCAGAAACAAUCAAUACACCGACUGGACCGGCUGAACUUCGACAACCUUCGCUACCCCUAAAUGGAACACAAUGGAGAGAGUUGGUUGUUGCUACAAACCCCGAGGCAGAACGCGAGCCCGACUGCGACUACGGUAACGACAAGAACGACAAGAAGCUUGAGUUCCGAUUAGCACUCGCAAAGUCUCCUACUCCAGCAUCGCUCGUCAUGCCAGAAAUGUCACCUCGGUACAAGGCCCUCAAGUCGACUCGUGGAUCAACCAUUGAGAUCAGCCCGGAAAGUCAUACCUACGCCCAAGAAAUAGCCCGACUGAUAGGAGGACCCAAUCCAACUGAUAAAAAACCUUUACCCACCCGCACCCCAGCUGGCGCAGCGCUGAUACUUGAUUAUGGCCCAUCGUCUACCAUCCCCGUCAAUUCUCUGCGCGGAAUCAAGAAUCACCAGGUCGUGUCGCCCUUCGCAACCCCAGGAGAAGUCGAUCUCAGCGCGGAUGUGGAUUUCACUGGCCUUGCUGAGUCUGCUCUCAACGCUAGUCCUGGUGUUGAAGUUUACGGCCCUAAUGAGCAGGGUAGCUUUCUACGUUCAUUGGGCAUUGCAGAAAGGGCGGCCCAGCUACUUCGCAAUGUAAAUGAUGAAGAGAAGCGUAAGCAGAUAGAAAGCUCCUGGCAGCGUCUCGUUGAGCGUGGGGGCGGAGGGAUGGGCAGGAUCUACAAGGCGAUGGCUAUUGUUCCUGAGAGUGGGGGCAAGAGACGGCCGGUAGGCUUUGGUGGUGAAGUUCGGAUGUAA